GAAAUCCAUAUGCACUUUGACGAAAUACGCAGUCCAAACAAAGAUGUACGGAUUGGAAAGAGCCAGCGAUUAGCAGCCAAUGGCAGGCAAGGGACCGAUGCCGAUCCCGAUUCCGAUCCCUCGGAUACUCGGAUGCUCGGAUGCCCACCUCGUGGGUGUCGGAUCCCCUGGGACACGACGACGACGGAAACCACUUGACGCUGCCAGACAGUCUGACGGCGACAAGUAGCUGCGGUUGGCAGUGCAUAAAUGUUCGCGCCCCGGUCCGCAUCCUUUUAGUCGAUCAGCGAGCCAGGAUGAGCAAGGACGCCAGUGUUAGGAUUUGCCAGCGGGAACGACGUCUCCUGAGGACGCCGAAGUGUGCCAGGUGUCGCAAUCACGGCGUCAUCUCCUGUGUCAAAGGUCACAAGCGACUGUGCCGUUGGCGCGAGUGCUGCUGCCCCAAUUGCCAGCUGGUCGUGGAUCGCCAGCGGGUUAUGGCCGCCCAGGUGGCCCUGCGACGACAGCAAACCAUGGAGGCCCUGGAGGCCACCACAUCAUCCGCAAAAUCUUCGGGCAUACCGGCGGCCAGCGCCAGCACCUCCAGCAGCGAAGGCGAGGAUUCCCUAACCUCCACAUCGCCCCCGCCGGCACAUCCACAUCCACAUUCGCAUCCGCAUCCACCAUCUAGCGUUAACACCUCAUCCUCAUCCGCCACCCGACAGGCUCUGAUGGCCCAAAAGAGGAUCUACAAGCAGCGACUUCGCAGCUUGCAGCAAUCUACGCUCCAUAUCACAGCUGCCAUGGAAGAGUACAAACAGCGAUUUCCCACGUUCAGCUCGCCAUUGAUGGAGCGCAUGCGCAAACGGCGGGCAUUCGCCGAUCCGGAACUGAACCACGUCAUGGAGGCGACGCUGGGCGGGAACGCUUUGUACUUUGCCACCGUUGCCGCGGCCUGCGCUCCAGUUCACCAGGAGCAGCACAUUUAUCACCCGAUGCCGCCGACGAUACCGCUAACGAUCCCGCCCACAAAUCCAGCGAUGACCACGCCCGCGGUCACCGCCUCCUCCGCCACUGGAAAGAAGCCCAAGCUGAGCUUCUCCAUUGAAUCCAUCAUGGGCAUCAGCACGUAGCCGUGGGUUUUUUGGGUUGUACUACCCAUAGUUUUCCCAAAUGCACUCUGUACAUAAUUCUAGAAUUAGACAAACCUUUUUUUUGGUUAGCAGUAAGUUUCGAGUGAAAUAAAACAUGCGAAAAAGUAUUG